UAGUUAUUACCAUCCACAUGCACCCGAACGGCUUCAGGACCUCACGAUCCCCCACAAGUAUCUAUCUAUCCACUCCCAUUCCCGUUCACAGGCUCUUCUACUUCUCGUUCAUCCCCGGGAGCACAGGAAAACAAACGAACGAAUAGAAUAAAGAACGCCCAAAAGAGAACAAAAAGAUCCAAAGCAGAGACUUCAUAGGAAUUAGCUCAGUCAACAAAAGAAACAUCUCACAGUUCAUUUGGAGAGAGGGGGAGAGACACAGAGAGAAGAGAGAGAGGGUAGAAGAGAAUGGAGCAGAAUGUACAGAUGAUGAGCGCAACGAGAGGUAGGGUCUUGCAGUGUUGCGACCGUCCGGUUGCGUUCGCUUGCAAAGGGGUGCUAAAUUUGCCGACACAAAGAGGAGGGGUGAUGCUGAAGAAGUUUUCUCUCAACUUCUCGCUGUCUUCUUCUUCUCCUCCUCCUCUCGCCAACUCGCUCAGCGUUAGGCACCAGAGGAAGUCUAGCAUUAUCUGCAAGGCUCGUGACGCGCUAGACGAAGUACGAGUGGUGACCGACUCAAGCUGGGACAACCUGGUGAUCGGCAGCGAGAACCCCGUGCUGGUGGAGUUCUGGGCACCAUGGUGCGGACCCUGCAGGAUGAUAGCCCCGGUCAUCGACGAGCUGGCCAAGGAGUACGCCGGCAAGAUCGCCUGCUACAAGCUCAACACCGACGACUGCCCUACCAUCGCCACGCAAUAUGGGAUCCGGAGCAUCCCAACCGUCCUCUUCUUCAAGAGUGGCGAGAAGAAGGAGAGUGUGAUCGGGGCCGUCCCCAAGUCCACCUUAUCUGCCACCAUUGAGAAGUACCUUGAUCUGUGAAUUGAAAGCCUCUCAAAACAUUCACUCUUCAGGGUUUUGCCCCAGUACUCGUACUACAUUACUUGAUGUAUUUAUAAGACCCUUCCUCAUGAUUCUCCGUUGUUGUUGUACAUGAACAUACCGCCAUUUGAAAUCUACUGUUUCUUUGUGGGUGAAGAAAGGAGAUCUUUUUUCGCAAGAGAUGUGCUUACUAAAGAAAGAUCUGCUCUUUCUUCAGCCACAGAGCUGUUGCCGUUCCUUUUUGUGCUCCA